UGUGCGUGGUGGUCGCGCCCGAGGCUGCGCCAGUGCGCCAGCCAGGCCCCCAGGGAGGGAUGGAUCCCCGGCCGCGGCGGCGGCGGCGGCGCAGUUGCUGCCCGCUGGUCUCCGUCUUUCUGCGAGACCCAAGCUCGGGGCGCGUGUAUAAGCGCGGGAAGCUGAUCGGCAAGGGCGCCUUCAGCCGCUGCUACAAGCUGACCGACAUGUCCACCAGCGCUGUGUUCGCGCUCAAAGUGGUGCCUCGCGGAGGGGGCGGGGCUGCGCGGCUAAACGCCCGCGGCAAGGUGGAACGCGAGAUCGCUCUACACAGCCGCCUGCGACAUCGCAAUAUCGUGGCCUUCCACGGCCACUUCGCUGACCGGGACCAUGUAUACAUGGUGUUGGAAUACUGCAGUCGCCAGUCUCUGGCCCACGUGCUGCAGGCACGGCAGACGCUGACGGAGCCCGAGGUGCGCUACUAUCUUCGAGGCCUGGUCAGCGGCCUGAGCUACCUGCACCAGAGGCGCAUCGUCCACCGGGACCUGAAGCUCAGUAACUUCUUCCUGAACAAGAACAUGGAGGUGAAGAUCGGAGACCUGGGGCUGGCCACCAGGAUGGGGCCAGGGGGCCGCUGCCACAGAGUGCUCUGCGGGACCCCGAACUUCCUGGCUCCGGAGGUAGUGUCCAGAAACGGACAUUCCUGCCAGUCGGACAUCUGGGCUCUGGGCUGCAUCAUGUACAUGGUGCUGACUGGCGUCCCUCCCUUCGUGGCGGCUCCCCUGUCGGAGAUGUACCAGAACAUCCGAGAUGGCCGCUACCCCGAGCCUGCACACCUGUCUGCCAAUGCGCGCCGCCUCAUCGCCCGCCUGCUGGCCCCCAAUCCGGCCGAGCGGCCCAGCCUGGACCACCUGCUGCAGGAUGACUUUUUCACACAGGGCUUCACCCCGGACCGGCUGCCACCCCACUCCUGCCACAGCCCGCCCAUCUUCGUCAUCCCCCAGCCUCUGGGCAGACUUUUCCGAAAGGUGGGCCAGCUGCUACUGCCCCAGUGCCGGGCGCCCUGUCCCUUGGCUUCUCAGAAGGCCUCAGGUCCUGGAGAAGAUGGUUCAGACCCUGACUCCAUGGAGUGGGGCAGUGAGGUGAGGGCCGGGAGCAAGGAGGUAGGCCCCAUCCAGCUGCUGGCCCAGGGGACCCUCCAGAGUGCCCUGGCGGGGCCCAAGGGGAGUCCAAGGCAGGAGGUAGAGGCAGCCAUCAGAAACCUGCAGCUCUGCCUGGAUUCGGGCCCCCCAGCCAUGCAGGACCCCCCAGGAGAGCAGCAGCCUGUCUUCUGGGCCCCCAAGUGGGUGGACUAUUCUAGCAAGUAUCGCUUUGGCUACCAACUGUCAGACGGUGGCAACAGGGUCUUGGUUCGGGAUAGCACCCACACCCACAUGGCCCUGCACCACCCAGGGGGAUGGUACAAGGUUCCCUGCUGGCUGUCCUGCGGCUCUUUGCCUGGUCCAUGCGGUAGUGGCUUCAAGAGGAGGGGCCUGCCCAUGCCCAGCUGGCCGGUAGCACCCGGCCUCUGCCUGCUGUGCUUCCUGGUGUCCGGGCAGGUGGUGCUGCUGCUCUUCAGUGACGGGAUGGUGCAGGGGGUCAAGGGGCCCCUCAAAUGGGCCUGGGCCGGGGCCUCUUCUCCCUUCCACCCCAGCUUCUCCCCACAUUGGCAGGUCAGCAGCAGCGGAGAUCGGGAACAACUCGUGUUGAGCGGGGGUGGUGAGGAGCUGCUGCUCACAGUCUGGGAACUGGGCCAGCCUGGCACCUCCUACCCGCUGGGCAUCCUGCGGGGCCAUGGCUGUGCCCCAGGCACCCACCAGCACUUUCAGCAUGCCAUCCUCAUGCUACAGAGCAUCUAG